AAAAGAAAAAGAAAUUAUACUGCUAUAGCGAUUCCUUACUCUUUUUUUUUUUUUUGAGAAACCAAUUCCUUACUCUGUAUCUUUCUUCUUUCUUCUUCCGCUUCUUUCAAUUAAUCUAUUUGCUUUUCCUUGUAAUUUUCUUUCUCUUUUGAACUCCAAAACCAAAAAUUAGAUAGCGUAGCGAUGCAAAGGUUUAUUGCAGCGAGGUCUGUAUGUGCCAGUAUUUUCACAAGGAAGAGACACUUUUCUACCGCUCUACUCUUCGAUGAUACUCAGAUACAGUUCAAAGAAAGUGUCGCUCAAUUUGCUCAAGGGAACAUUGCCCCUCAUGCAUCAAAAAUAGAUCAAACGAAUUCUUUCCCACAGGGGAUUAACUUAUGGAAACUCAUGGGUGAAUUCAAUCUCCAUGGAAUUACAGCACCAGAGGAAUAUGGAGGACUAGGUCUAGGUUACUUGUAUCACUGUAUAGCGAUGGAAGAAAUAAGUCGUGCUUCUGGGUCUGUUGGCCUCUCCUAUGGUGCCCAUUCUAACCUUUGCAUUAAUCAAUUGGUGAGGAAUGGAAACACUGCCCAGAAACAGAAAUACUUGCCAAAGCUUAUCAGUGGGGAGCAUGUAGGAGCUCUUGCAAUGAGUGAACCUAAUGCUGGAUCUGAUGUUGUUAGUAUGAAAUGCAAGGCUGAUCGGGUAGAUGGGGGUUAUAUUAUAAAUGGGAACAAGAUGUGGUGCACCAAUGGCCCAGCUGCUCAAACAUUGGUUGUUUAUGCAAAAACAGACACAACAGCCGGCUCAAAAGGAAUCACAGCAUUCAUCAUCGAAAAGGGAAUGCCCGGAUUCAGUACUGCCCAGAAAUUAGACAAACUUGGGAUGCGCGGAAGUGAUACAUGUGAGCUUGUCUUUGAAAAUUGCUUUGUUCCUGAAGAAAAUGUUCUUGGACAGGAAGGAAAAGGAGUCUAUGUCAUGAUGUCAGGGCUUGAUUUGGAGCGGCUUGUACUGGCAGCUGGGCCUCUAGGUAUCAUGCAGGCAUGUCUUGAUGUUGUUCUACCUUAUGUUCGACAGCGUGAGCAGUUUGGUCGUCCAAUUGGGGAAUUUCAAUUUAUACAGGGUAAAAUUGCCGACAUGUAUACUUCUUUACAGUCCUCCAGGUCCUAUGUGUAUUCUGUUGCAAGAGACUGUGACAGUGGAAAAACUAAUCCUAAGGAUUGUGCUGGAGUAAUACUUUGUGCAGCUGAAAGAGCCACCCAAGUUGCUUUACAGGCUAUACAAUGUUUAGGUGGUAAUGGAUAUGUGAACGAGUAUAUAACUGGUCGUCUGCUUCGAGAUGCCAAAUUGUAUGAAAUUGGGGCAGGGACUAGUGAGAUCAGACGAAUGAUUAUAGGUCGUGAACUCUUUAAGGAACAGUAGGAGAGAAGUUGUGCGUUCUUUUUUAAGUUGCUGGACUGAAGCAUCCUCCAGUGUCACUUGUUCCUUCCAGGAGAAUCAUACAUGCAGCCCAAGCUGUUUGAGAUUCUUUACAGUAAAUAUAAAAUUUUGCGUCAAGAAAAGAAAAGUCUAGAUGAAGAUGAAUAUUCUCUGGUUCACUGGUUGAAUAAGAUAAAUUUAAGGCAUGAACUUCAAACUAGCUUGCCAUGUCUCAUUAAAAACAAAGAUGCUGGAGUUGAAACUAAUUUAUAUUCAUUAUCUUUAACUUA